AUGCCCUCGACCAACGGCUCCGACUAUCGCCAUGCGCGCAAUGGCAGCCUCAACCUCCAACACCAGCAGCAACAGCCACAGCAGCAGCAGCAGCAGCAGCAAACACAAUCCCAGAAUGGCCACUCCAGCCCCAUGAUGAGCCCGAUGCCGUCAGUCGCGUCCCCCGCUGCCGGCUCUGCCGCUGUCGCCGCCGCUCACAGGUUUGACGGCCCGCGCAGCCCACCCAGGGCUGCCGCCGAGAACAUCUGCAAAUACUUUGCAAAGGGCAAUUGCAAGUUCGGUCCGAAAUGCGCCAAUAUCCACGUUCUUCCCGACGGCCGCCGCAUCAACUACGGCAAGAAUGGCGUCACCAUCGGCACUUCUCCCAUAAACCUCGGCGGCCGAAUCAACCCCACCUCCGCUGCCGGAUACCACCCGACGAGCGCCCUCACCUCGGGUCUCUACCGCGAGGGCGCCCCCUCGUACGGCUCCGCCUUUCCCUACGGUGACGAACGGCAGCACCAGCUGGGCCGCCAGCCCAGCGUCGAGAAUGGCCUGCCCACCAUCGACACCACCUACUCCCACCCCGGUUCGAACUACGGCUCCCCGCGCGACGACGAAGCAUCCCGAUUCGGCCUCGGCCUCUCGCCCAUCAACGCCAAGGGCUUGUCCGUCCUCGAUGCGCCCCUGCCCGCCUCCUUCGAUUCCCAGGGCAUCUCCAACGCCGCCCUCUUCCCCGGCGGUCCUUGGCCCUCGUCCGUCCCGUCAAAGUUCGGCCUCGAGUCCCCCUCCCCCUCGCUGAACAAUGCCAAGGAUUCCCGAACCUCCGAGACGCUUAAGAUGCUGCACACCUCUGCAUUCGGUGGAAGCGAAUACCUGGCCGCCGCCAACGUCACUGCAUCCAGCAGUCCCCCCAGCCAGCCCAUGUCCGGCGAGGAGUACUACGGAAAGCGGGCCAUGCACUCGAGCCGCUACGCGAAGCCCAAGAUGCUCAGCGCGAGCAUGCCGAAAACGACCGUCGACCACGAUUGGGAGGCCGAGUUCGCCUUCCUCGAGGAGGACUAUGUGCCCCAGAACCUGCAGGAUCUGUUGACCCCUGCCGAGAAGGCCCGCCGGGGCUCCCUCCGGACUAUCGAUGGCGAGCCCGGAAGCGAGAAUGCGACCAAGUUCGGUAGCCCCAUCACCGGAGCCAGCCCGAGCCGCUGGGGGCCUCUGUUCCAGCGCCAGAAGGAGGAGGAGCUCCACAAGCAUGGCCCCUCGGCCUUUGGGCACGUCGGCAGCCCCCUGCGCAACUCCAUUCUUUCCAACGAGAUGGGCAACGGCAGCCUGUCCUCUCGCCCCAUUGGAUCUCGUGCCGGUAGCGAGUCCAUGUCUGCGCUGACCCAGCAGCUGCAGCGAACCCGUCUGGGCGACGACGGCAGCGCCAGCCCGCACCUGCACCCCUUGGCGGCCACCGGCCGGGGCCCCAGCAACGGUGCCGGCCCCAUCGGAAAGGAGCGGGAGCGGGUCAUGGAGCGCCAUGUCUCGAGCGGGUCCAUCAGCUCUUCCGUCACCGGGCGGUACACGACCCCGAUCGACGAGGAGGACCCCGCAUUUGUGUUCAACAUGGAGGAAGAGGAGGAUCAAUCCUCCUCCAGGCUUCGCAAGCGGGGCUCUGCGGGGUUCGGCAUCGGAGGUGGAUGGAGCUACGCUAACGCUCUCUCCGGCAAGAACGCUACCCCUACCUCUGGCCUCGCCAAGGAGCAGCGGGAACCCUCGGUCAGCGUCGAGACGGUCGGUGGACGUUGA